GGUGCUAUUACUGUAUCUGCUUUUAGUACACAUUUUACAGCUGGGUCUUAAUGAAAAAGACAUUACUAUUAGCAGAAAAAUCUAUUUUUCCAAGUCAGAUCUGGGUUAUUUCUAAAUGUGAAUGCUUGAAUGUUCUUUUCACUAUUGCUUCCAUUUUGUUUCAAUAAUGAUCUGUCUCACACAUAUGACUUUGUAAAUGUGUGCACACCCAAGCUAUUUCAUGGUUGAUGUUUCUUCAAACUGCUGUCAGGUAUGGGCUGCUUAACAACAUAAAUAUAAACAGUCAGGAUCAAAAGUUAAUGUGAAGAAGAAUCUACAUUUGGUAAGGCUUUGGAGCGUACACCUUUUUUUUUUUAAUUCAGUGUGCUCACCUGCACCCCAGCAGAUAACAUAAUGCAUGUCACCUGGCUCCCCUCAAUCAGAUGAAGAAUGUCCAACACCUGUUAGCAAGUAAGGCUGCAGUGUUAAAGGGCUGCAGUGGCUAAGCAACACUUACGCAGUUAUUUCUCAAUGGUUCUGACUGCUUCUUUGUCACACCAUGAGAGCGCUGUUGGGUUUUACUGUGGCAGUUUAUUGUCUUGCCUUAGUGUUUUGUAUUGAGUGGGGUACUUUGCAGAGAUGGCGGGACUGGAAGCAGCAAUACAAGCGGGAGUUUGGGGUAAGUUUUCACUUAUGAUUGCUUAUGAGUAUUCAGUGGCUUGUGAGUGGGUUUCCAUUUUGAUCUCUGUUUGUAUCCUAACUGAAAUCUCUGUUCCCUUAUAGCCAGCCACUGAUGGCAAGCGAAGGGCGAUCUGGACUCAAAACUUGAAUGCAAUUAUUGACUGUAACAAGGUCUUCCUAUUGGGGCGCAGCAAUUUCACAAUGGCUGUGAAUAAAUUUGGUGCUGCGACUUUGAGUGAAUACAUUGGCAUCCUGAAUGCGAAGUUGAGCCCAAGUCCCAUAAAAGUACCCCGGCUUGGUCCUGCUCCGGACAGCCUGGACUACAGGGCCCUGGGCUUUGUCACUCCUGUAAAGGACCAGGGUGCUUGCAGCUCAAGUUGGGCUUUUAGUGUUGUUGGAGCUAUUGAGGCUCAAGUGGCAAAGACCACUGGUGUACUGCUGUCUCUGAGCGUACAAAACCUGGUAGACUGCUCUACUAACAUCACCUAUGGAUGUGAUGGCGCAUGGAUGGGAAACGCUUAUAACUACGUCCAAAGCCGCGGAAUUAACUCGGAAGCCAACUACCCGUAUCGGGCGAAGGCUAACCAGGACUGCUUACAUGACCCAGAUGAGAAUGUAAUAAUGAUACAGGGUCAUGGCAGGCUGCCCUCUGGAGAUGAGGAAGUCUUGAAAAAGGCUUUAGCCUCCUUUGGCCCAAUCACAGUGACCAUUGAUGCUAGCAAUAUCAGUUUUAUGUUCUACAAAACAGGAAUUUAUGAUGACCCACAGUGUGGCAUGUCUAAAGUUACCCUUGAUGUGCUACUUGUGGGAUAUGGGUCAGAGAAUGGUGUUGACUACUGGAUCAUAAAGAACAGUUGGGGUACUGGAUGGGGAGAGAAGGGUUAUAUGAGGCUGCUGAGAAAUGGUUCCAACUUCUGUGGAAUAGCAAACUAUGCCUUGUUCCCUUUGCUGUGAACAGUCUUGUGUGCCACUUGUGUGUAAUAUAUCUUGACACAAUAAACUGAGCAUGAAGUACCCUCUCUCUUUAAACUGAAUUGUUUUCUUUUUAAUAGGAAGGUUUUUACAAAGGCUUUUAGGGUAUCUAGCUCUUGUGCCAGUGUAGUGAUGUAGGUGUAUAACAACUGCACACUCAUGACAUUGCAGUUAAAGGGUGAGGAGGAGCAGUGCCUCAGUUUCAAUCUUA